GCGCUGCAGCUCUCACGUCCAUCUCCGUUGCAGACGAACAGGACUGGCAGUACACGCAACGUACCCACACAUCCCAACGCCUUUGCUUGUUUCACAAUACACGCAAUCACAAUAAAAAAGCGCACACGCUAAGGACUUAGUUCGGCUCGGACAGUCGCUUCAAACAAGAGAGCGUUAAUAUAUACUGGUGAAGGAAUAACGCAACUACGUUGACGCUAACAUCAAGAUGGAGGGCGUCAUUCAGUAUCGUUUGCUGGGCGACCACCCCGCCGCCUCCGGGAGGUACCUCACCCUCGGUUUCCCCGGCGAGACGACCACACGCGACAAGGUUGUCGAGCAGCUAAUCCAGGAGCACCGCAUCAACACCAGCCGAUACAAGCUCGAGGUGCGCAAACUGGUGGCCGCGCGCGACGCAGCUGGGGGCAAACAUACGUCUUCUCUGUCAUCGCCACCACCCGCGGGAGGGAUAAAUGCAGCAGGCAACGGCACCAAUAAUGCCGGCAGCUCCGAGGACAGCAACUUGACCGGCACGCUACCACGUGACGCCGUCGUCCCUGUUGUCCUGCACGAAAACGCCGAUCUGCACACCUACGACCGCCUCACCAUCACCGUUUCGCAGCGGCAACUCGCCGACGACGAUGCCACGCGCAAAGAACAGGCACAGCUGGAGCGGCAGCGGCGUGUGCGAGAGACGGAGGAGGAGCUGCUGGCCACAACGAACGCCGUGCUGCCGCCGCUCGCUGCGCAAGAUGAGGGCACGCCCAGCAACAGUGCCACUCCUUCGCCUCCCCCCUCUUCUAUAUUGGGGCAGGCGCAGGACUCCUCGUCACGACUUCCCGGACGUGGUGUUGCCGCCUCAGUAGACCCGCUUCGCCUGCAGCGCGCCGCCGCCCUUGCGAGUCAGCUCUUCCCCAUCAUGAAGGGUCAGCACAGCACAUUGAGCGGUAUCGAUGACUCUGCGAAUACGCACCAAUGUGUGCUGUGCCGUCUCCCGGCCUUUGAGGAGCAGCUGACCAGUUGUUGUCGCUUCUGCGUGUGUGCGAGCUGCUACGCCUCCGCGGCGGAGAUGGACAUGGAGGAGGGACGGUGCCCUGUGUGUGGCACCAAGAACGCGCUGCCGCAGAAGGGCAGUCAUGGUGUUUCCGCGGAGGAGACCACAACUCUGGAUGGCGGUGGUAGUGGCGACGUUGGCAGUGGUCAUAAGCGGGCGAGGGACGAGGGUGACCUCUCGCACCGCGUCGGGUGGAAACGUGAGGGCGCCGGUGAAUCCAAAGAUGUGCUGCAGCGCAGUUUGGGGCUAGAUGAAAAGCUGGGCGACAUUCACCGUCGCGGUGGUGCCUCGCCGAGUAACAGGGACGCAUCUGGUUCACCUCACGAAUCCUCUGCUGCCGUGUCGAAGGAGGUGCUGCAGAUCGAAGAGCGGCUGCGACAUGGCCUGGAGAAGGCGCUCGCCGCGCUGGACGGGCCGGACACGUUGUCCGCCGCUGCCAAGGCGAAGCGCGUGAUCGGGGCUGAAUUGGCCGCCUUGUGCGAGCAAUGA